AUGCCGACGUCGAUCCCGUCGUCGUACAUCCGCAAGAGCGUGACGUCCAACUCGCAGACGCGAUGGCACGUCCGCGCGUACGACAAGGAGUCGCGCGCGACGGUCGCGCUGGGAACGUUCUCCACGCGCCGAGACGCGGAGAGGUGCUUCAAAGACCACCACCGCGAGGGCGGCGGCCUCCCCGUCGCGACGGCCGCGACGGCGAGGACGACGACGACGACGACCGCGAAGGAGACGACCGCGCCGGCGAAGAAGCGCGCGCGCGAUCGCGAUCGCGAUCGCGCGCGCGCGACGACGCCCGCGAAGACGAAGGCGCCGACCACGACGAAGCGCGGCGCGGCGCCGACCGCGACGACGACGACGACGAAGACGACGAAGACGAAGACGCGCGCGCCGCCGCCGCCGCCGCCGCCGUCCUCGCCCGUCGCGCCCGCGAGCUCGCUCCCGCCGAAGAAGCGCCGGCGGAUCGGCGACGGCGGCGGGAGCAUGGAGCUCCUCAUCGCCGCGGCGAACCAGCACGGCGGACUCGACGCGCUGACGCCGCCCUCCGCGCGUCCGCGGGGGGGUCCGAAGUCGCCCCGCGCCUCCCCAAAAGACGUAGACGUCGCGGCGACGCCCGCGCCCGCGCCCGCGCCCGCGCUCGCGACGCCCCCGAGAGGCGAUACGCCGCAGGAGUCGCACACGGUCUUGAGUCCGGUCGCGCGGCCGCCGGCGGCGUUGAACGCGCCGGUACCGGUCGUCGUCACCUCCCCUCCAGCGCGAGACGAGAACGAAAACGUCGACGCGACCGCGGCGGCGGCGGCGGCGGCGGCGACGGCGACGAAACCGCCGAGCCCGCGUUCGAUCUGGCAGCGGCUCAAGGCGACGCUUAGCCCGAACGUAGUGCCGUCGCCGCCUCUUCGCGCGCUGCAGCUUCUCCCGGAUAACGUCACGAACGUCGUGGACGUCCCGAGACGCGCGCCGUCCGCGGCGGCGCCCGCGCUUCCCCCCGCCGCGGCGGCGGCGGCAGAGGAGACGCGCGGGGUCGCCGCGUUCGCGAGGCACGCGACUUCUAUCGAGUUCUGGGACGACGCGGACGAGAACGACGCGUGCCUCGCGGAGGAGGCCGCGGACGUCCUCGCGGGCGCGCGCGCGGUGACGUUCGAUGCCCUGCGGGCGUCGUUCGCGCGGCGGGGGCUCAAGUUGGAGUUAUUGUUUCGCGUGGUGAAAGAAGGCGACGGCGGCGGCGGAGGAGGAGGAGGAGGGAUCUGA